AAAAACCAGUGAAAUUCAACAAUGGCGACAACACCACCACCCCCACCACCGUCUUCCACCAUCACCCCACCACCGGCGUCAUUGUACGUCGGUGACUUGCACCCCCUGAUCGACGAUCUGCAACUCAGCACCGUUUUCUCCGAGUACAAGACCCUUUCAUCCGUGCGCGUUUGUCGCGACUCAUCCACCGGCCGAUCUCUUUCUUAUGGAUAUGUCAACUUUCUUUCUCCUCAAGACGCUAUCCACGCUAUUGAGUCGAAAAACAACACCUUGUUCUAUGGAAAAAUGAUAAGGGUAACAUGGUCUCAUCGCGACCCUCAUGCACGAAAAAGUGGCAUCGGAAAUGUGUUUGUAAAGAAUUUGAAUGAGUCAAUCGACAAUGUCCUACUCCAAGAUCUGUUUAAACCCUUUGGUAAUAUUUUGUCUUGUAAAGUGGUCACACAUGAAGACGGCAAGAGCAAAGGGUAUGGUUUUGUUCAGUUUGAAUCUGAACAAUGUGCAAAUGCUGCUAUUGAGAAACUUAACGGGACUGACGUUGGAGGCAAACAGAUAUAUGUAGGGAAGUUCAUGAAGAAGAGUGACCGAGUGUUACCUGGUCUUGAUAUCAAGUUCACAAAUCUGUACAUCAAGAAUCUCGAAUCCGAUAUGACAGAAGAAGUUCUCGAGAAAAGUUUCGCUAAAUUUGGAAAAAUUGUAAGCUUAGUUAUAGCAAAAGAUGAAAAUCGCAUUUCAAGGGGAUUUGGCUUCGUGAAUUUUGAAAGCCCCGAUGAUGCACGUAAGGCAGUAGAAGAUAUGAAUGGGUUCAGCCUUGGCUCGCAGGUUUUGUAUGUUGCUAGGGCUCAGAAAAAAGCCGAGAGAGAGCAAAUCUUACGUCGUCGAUUUGAGGACAUUAGGAAAGAACAGAUUAUGAAACAUCAGGGUUCGAAUGUCUAUGUGAAGAAUAUCGAUGAUGACGUCACUGAGAAUGAGUUGAAGGAACACUUUAGUCAGUGUGGCACAAUCACAUCUACUAAGUUGAUGUGUGAUGACAAAGGACUAAGCAAGGGCUUUGGAUUUGUAUGCUUCUCUACACCGGAGGAAGCAAACAAGGCUGUGAACACCUUACAUGGAUACAUGUUCCAUCGAAAGCCGUUGUAUGUCGCCAUUGCGCAAAGGAAAGAAGAUAGACAAGCACAAUUACAGACCUACUAUGCAAAUUGUAUGGCCGGAUUUGCAGGCCCGUCUUCUGUUAUCCCUGGAGUGUAUCCGUCUUUUUACUACACUACCCCUUCUGGUGCUAUGUCGCAAGUACCUCGGUUGAUGUAUCAACCUAUGGCCAUGAGGCCUGCUUGGAGGGCUAAUGGUUAUGCGCCUCCAACAAGGCCCGCUUUUCAGCCAUCAGUGCCCCCCUUUAUGUCGAAUGCCCCAAGACCGUAUAGACAAAAUAGAGGAAGGAUGAGUGGACAUGUGCAACCGGCGCAAGGUGGUCAUGCUGUUCCAUAUGUGUCACAUGUGCAACCACUUACUCAAACAUCAAAGGAAUGGUCUAGCAACCAGCAGUGGACAGGAGAUGCCAAGUAUGUGCCAAGUGGCCGUGGUCGUAAUGCAGUUAACAAAGGAAUGGCUACUUCUAACACUGGUGGAUCUGCGGGGGAGAGAUCCGAAGCGUUGAGUAGCAGUAUGCUUUCUGCUGCUACCCCAGAGACUCAGAAGCAGAUCCUAGGGGAACGUCUCUUUCCGCUUGUAAGCCAACACAAGCCCGAUCUCGCUGCAAAGAUCACCGGAAUGUUGUUGGAGAUGGACAACACAGAACUGGUUUUGCUCUUGGAAUCACCAGAAGCUUUGGCUAAAAAGGUCGAGGAAGCGGUGCAGGUACUAGUGAAGGUCUCCAAGACCAAAGUGUCGACCGGUCAAGAGUCUUCGCAUCCCGCUGGUAUCUUAUCUGCUGGUGUGGCAGUCAGCUGAGAGAGAAAAUAGAGAGUCAGGAAGGAGGCUAGAACUCACAAUUAGCAAGUUAUUUUGGUAGUAACCCUUUACUUAAAACUUAUCUAUGAUUAGCUUUUCUAAACUUAAAACACCUUUUGUCCUUUGUUUGGGGCUUGACUUGCUGCUAUCAACUUUGGCACUACAGUUUAUGUAGUUACAGAAUUUAGAUGUAA